ACUAGUAAUCUGUGGUGGAUUUGCUGCAGUAUUUUCUCCUGAAAUUGAUUGUUUAUAAAAAUAAUUGAACCAAAAAAACCUGUGUAUUGUGUUUGUCUUAGUUUUUACCGUCCCUUGGCUCGUGUGUGAACAAAUACAAUGGAAAUCAAAUUCCGUUAAGUACGUAAAUCAUGUUUGGAGAUAUUCAACUUACCAAACGCCUUAUUGUUAUUGCUUUAGUCCUGGGCAUUAUUUUGAUUUUGAAAGACUACGUAUUCGUUUUUCCAUAAUGACUGAACACAAAGUUGCAUAUUUUUACAACCCCGAUGUUGGUAAUUUUCACUAUGGGCCUGGGCAUCCUAUGAAACCUCACAGGUUAUCAGUUACCCACAGUCUAGUGCUGAAUUAUGGAUUACACAAAAAGAUGCAAAUAUACCGACCAUAUCGUGCUAGCGCCCAUGAUAUGUGUCGAUUCCAUAGCGAGGACUACAUCGAGUUUUUACAGAAUGUAACUCCACAAAACAUACAAAGUUUUUCAAAAGACUUGCUGCAUUACAAUGUUGGAGAUGAUUGUCCAGUCUUUGAGGGCUUAUUUGACUUCUGCUCCAUGUAUACGGGUGCAUCUUUGGAAGGUGCCAUGAAACUCAACAACAAUGCCUGUGAUAUAGCGAUCAAUUGGUCUGGUGGACUACAUCACGCUAAAAAGUUUGAACCAUCUGGUUUCUGUUAUGUCAAUGAUAUAGUGAUUGCUAUUUUGGAGUUACUCAAAUAUCAUCCCAGAGUUUUAUACAUAGACAUUGAUGUUCACCACGGAGAUGGUGUCCAGGAAGCCUUUUAUUUGACUGAUAGAGUAAUGACAGUCAGUUUUCAUAAAUAUGGCAAUUAUUUCUUCCCUGGCACUGGUGAUAUGUAUGAAAUUGGAGCUGAAAGUGGCAGGUACUUCUCUGUCAAUGUACCUCUAAAAGAGGGUAUUGAUGAUCAAAGUUAUGUACAAGUUUUCAAGCCAGUUAUAUCCAAUGUUAUGGAAUUCUACCGUCCUACUGCGAUUGUACUGCAGUGUGGUGCAGAUUCCCUUGCUGGAGACCGCCUUGGUUGCUUCUCUCUAUCUACUAGAGGCCAUGGAGAAUGUGUUAAAUUUGUUAAAAGUUUAAAUGUACCUACUCUUGUAGUAGGAGGUGGGGGAUAUACAUUACGAAAUGUAGCAAGAUGCUGGACCUAUGAAACAUCACUUCUAGUUGAUGAAAACAUUUCAAAUGAGCUUCCAUAUACUGAAUACUUGGAAUUUUUUGCACCUGACUUCCAACUGCACCCAGAAAUUAACAGGCCUGAUAGUUCCUCGAAUGCCAACAGCAAGCAGUACUUGGAAGCAAUAACCAAACAUGUGUAUGACAAUCUAAAGAUGUGCCAGCAUUCUCCAGCUGUCCAGAUGACUCAUAUACCUGGUGAUUUCUUUCCUGAGGAAUAUAGAAUUAAAGAGGAGCCAGACCCAGAUAUCCGUAUAAGUCAAGAGGAAGCUGACAAGAUGGUAGAACCAAGGAAUGAGUUUUAUGAUGAUGAUAAGGAUAAUGACAAGGAAACUGUUACAGAGACUAAGGAUCCAUAGCAUACGAACGGUCCGGCUGACCCACUAGCCAUUUGACGACACAAGAUGUACAAACGUCUAGGAGAGUAAUGUGUCGCAGACUCUUUUGUGUUUAGUGAAUAUAUAGGUAUGCAGUAGAUUGUGUUGAGCUUAAGGACUCUUUGGUUGUGGUUUUCGGCGUGGAUGCGUGAUCAAACAAAAUGAAUUGUUAUUGAUAGUUUAUAAGAUCCUAGAAUAAAAAAAAUCUAAAUAUUGCAACCUUAGUAUCUACAUAUUUUAUUUAUAAGUAUGUGUAGCAUACAAUCAAUUGAAAUUUUAAAACAUGACAUCAAAACUAUGUAGAAAAUCUGGUAUCCUUAUAAUGAUCUGUUAUAUAAUUAUAGUGUAUUAUAAUAUUUCAAUUUAUAUGCUUGGCUGUAAUUAUUAAGUAAAAUAAUUUACAAGCAGGCGAUGUUUAUGCACACAGAGUGGCAAAACAUUAAUAAUAAUUCCUACAUUUAUAAAAAUGUUAAAUAAAAAUCCUUAUUAGUAUAAUAUUGUAAGAAAUUUUCAGGUGGUUAAAGAUAAGUAAGCUGUUGUAGUAACGUAAGUAACGUCUAUGAUAGUAAUAACCUAAUUUUAAAUACUUAUAAUAUGGCUAGAGUCUGACUGCCUUAUUAGAAAACAAUGAAUAUUAAAGGACUUAAUAAAUAUUGUGUCUCGGUCACCGGUUAGUGGUGACUGUAUGGGGCUUGUUGAAUUAAUCUUUGUUUAAUAUGCACAUAAUGAUAAAACAUGCAUUCUCGCCAAUAUUAUAAGCCUUAUUAAUUGCUAUAAAGUAUAAACUGUAAAAGUUCAGCAUAAUCACAACAUGAUAUUGAUUUUAGAGUAAUACCAAUGUCUGACAAAUAAUUUGUAAAAAUAAAUAAGUAGUUGUGGGCUGUGGGCAUUACUACAAUAAUUAGGUAUUAUUUUGUUAGUAAAUUAAUAUUAUAAUACAUAUUUAUUAUAUAAUGAGGGCAAAUGCUGUACCCACUUCUACUUUGUUUUUUGUGAAAGCUAAGGAAUGAAAUAUUAUCAGCUAUGGUAACAGAUAUUUUUAACUUGUACUAGCUUUUAAUACUACAGAGUCGCUAAACAUUUUUCAUUAGUUUUCA